GGCGUUGCUUUGUUUCUCUCUAUUUAUAGUCCUUUCCCCUUUUUUCUCUCCACAGUUUAAAUUCUUUUUCUUCUUUUUCAUAUAUAUACAAAAACUGAAUCUCCUCUCUCAAUAAUUCCUCCCUCCAUUUUCCAAUUUUACUUUACAUUUCUUAGCCACACACACAAACAUCUCUAUUUACCCAAUGGCUAUCCCCAACAAAUUCGCUUUCCUCUUUUGCAUCUCAUCUCUUUUCGUCUCUGCAGCUUUUGGGGAAAUUGUGUGUGAGGAAUUGUCUGUGGAUGUUUGUGCAUUCUCAAUAGCCUCAUCUGGAAAGAGAUGUUUGUUGGAGACAUCAGAGACGAAAGAAGGAAAAUUUGAAUAUCAAUGUAGAACCUCUGAGGUUAUUGUUGAAUGGAUGGCUGAUUACAUUGAGUCUGAUCAAUGCAUCAAUGCCUGUGGCCUCGACCGUAACUCCGUUGGUAUCGCCUCCGAUGCCCUCCUCGAGCCUCAAUUCACUGCCAAGCUUUGCUCCCCUUCCUGCUACCAGAAAUGUCCCAACAUUGUUGACCUCUACUUCAACAUGGCCGCAGGAGAAGGAGUGUUCUUGCCUGACCUUUGUGAGAAACAACGUACGAACCCACGCCGUGCCAUGGCACAGCUGUUGAGCUCCGGUGUUGCAGCAGGUCCAGUGUCAUCAGCACAAAUCAAUGCAGUAUUCCCAACCAUUAUCGCUGAAGCCCCAGCUCCGAUGUGAAAAGGAAGUUAAUAUUUUAUUAUUUGGUUGGUUAAUAUUGCUUCUUCAUUAUUGUUGAUUUAAUUUCCUUUGUACACAUACACACACAGCUGAGGAAAUAAAUAGAAUUGGUAAAUGGGUUGUAAGGGAGAAACAAAAAUAUGAGUGAAUCUCUUUAAAAUUCACUUUUGUUUUGAUAGCACUAUACGUGAGACGUGACGAUGUAUUACGUCCUUUUCCAUAUCUUUUAUUUUUCUUUUCAAUAUUCCCCAUAUAAUACAAUACAGUGAGUUGUGUAAUAAAACUUUGUUUAAUUUAUUUAUUAA